GCCCGGGCGGGAAUUCUCCCGCAGAGGAGGAGGCGGGUCGGGUUCGCAUCCAUGGAGCUAGAGGCCGGCCCGAGUACAGAACUUGCUAAGGCCAUCAAACCUAUCGAUAGGAAGUCAGUCCAUCAAAUUUGUUCUGGGCAAGUGGUAUUGAGUCUAAGCACUGCUGUGAAGGAGUUGGUAGAAAAUAGUGUGGAUGCCGGUGCCACUAAUAUCGAUCUUAGGCUUAAAGACUAUGGGGUGGAUCUCAUUGAAGUUUCAGACAAUGGAUGCGGGGUAGAAGAAGAAAACUUUGAAGGCUUAACUCUGAAACAUCACACUUCAAAGAUUCAAGAGUUUGCAGACCUAACUCAGGUUGAAACUUUUGGCUUUCGGGGGGAAGCUCUGAGCUCACUUUGUGCGCUGAGUGAUGUAACUAUUUCUACCUGCCACACAUCUGCAAAGGUUGGGACUCGACUGGUGUUUGAUCACAAUGGGAAAAUUGUGCAGAAAACCCCCUACCCACGACCCAGAGGGACAACAGUCAGCGUGCAGCAGUUAUUUUAUACACUACCUGUGCGCCAUAAGGAAUUUCAAAGGAAUAUCAAAAAGGAGUAUGCCAAGAUGGUCCAGGUGUUACAUGCAUACUGUAUCAUUUCAGCAGGCAUCCGUGUAAGCUGCACCAAUCAGCUUGGACAGGGAAAACGACAGCCUGUGGUAUGCACAAGUGGAAGCUCCAGCAUGAAGGAAAAUAUUGGAUCUGUGUUUGGGCAGAAGCAGUUGCAAAGCCUCAUUCCUUUCGUUCAGCAGCCGCCUAGUGACUCUGUCUGUGAAGAGUACUGUCUGAGCUGUUCUGAUGCUCUGCAUAAUCUGUUUUAUGUCUCAGGUUUCAUUUCACACUGUGCUCACGGUGUUGGAAGGAGUUCCACAGACAGACAAUUUUUCUUUAUCAAUCGGCGGCCCUGUGACCUAGCAAAGGUCUCCAGACUUGUGAAUGAGAUCUACCACAUGUAUAAUCGACACCAAUAUCCAUUUGUUGUUCUUAACAUUUCUGUUGAUUCACAAUGUGUUGAUAUCAAUGUUACUCCAGAUAAAAGGCAAAUUUUACUACAAGAGGAGAAGCUUUUGUUGGCAGUUUUAAAGACCUCUUUGAUAGGAAUGUUUGAUAAUGAUGUAAACAAACUUAAUGUCAAUCAGCAGCCAUUGCUAGAUAUGGAAGGUAACUUAAUAAAAAAGCAUGCGGCAGAAAUGGAAAAGCCUCUGCCAGAAGAGCAGGAUAAUUCCUCCUCGUUAAGGACUCAAGGGGAAGAGAAAAGGGUUGUGUCUGUUUCCAGACUGAGAGAGGCCUUUUCUCUUCGUCACACAGCAGAGAACAGGUCUCAGGGCCUGGAGACUCUUAAACGAAGACAGAGUUCUCCACGACAGAAAAGGAGUGUACCGAUUUCUAGUGCUUCAGAUCCCAUCUCUGGCAGAGGCUUGCCAGGCCCUCAGCAAGAGGUGACGAGUCCCGCUAAGAGCCCUGGUGACCAUAAGGUCAGUGUGGACAUGGAGAAGGACUCGGGGCACAGCAGCACUUCAGCUGGCUCUCAGGAAGGGGUCAGAACUCCAGAAGCAGGCAGUCGCUGCAGCAGUGACUGUACAGCCAGCUCCCCAGAAUACAGGUUCUCACAGGAAAAUGUGGACUUUUGUGAGAAACUGCCCGAAACGGACCAUUAUUUUUCAGAUGUGGAAUGCGGUUUAAUCCAAGAAGAUAUUGGCUCUAAAUUUAGAGUUUUGCCUCAGUCGGCUAACCUGUCAUUCUCGAACACAAAGCGUUUUAAAAAAGAAGAAAUUCCUUCAAAUUCUGACGUUCCUCAAAAGUUGGAGAAUACUCAGAACAUGUCUGUGUCCCAGGUUGAUGUAGCUGUUAAAAUUAAUAAGAAAAUAGUGCCCCUUGACUUUUCCAUGAGUUCUUUAGCUCAGCGAAUAAAGCAGUUACAUCACCACAAACAGCAAAGUCGGGGUGAACAGAAUUGUAGGAAAUUUAGGGCAAAGAUUUGCCCUGGAGAAAAUCAAGCAGCAGAAGAUGAACUAAGAAAAGAGAUAAGUAAAACAAUGUUUGCUGAAAUGGAAAUCAUUGGUCAGUUUAACUUGGGAUUUAUAAUAACCAAGCUGAAAGAGGAUAUUUUCAUAGUGGACCAGCACGCUACGGAUGAGAAAUACAACUUUGAGAUGCUACAACAGCACACCAGUCUGCAGGGUCAGAGACUUAUAGCACCUCAGAAUCUGAACUUAACUGCUGUCAGUGAAGCUAUUCUGAUAGAAAAUCUAGAAAUAUUCAGAAAGAAUGGCUUUGAUUUUAUUAUCGAUGAAGGCGCUCCUGUCACUGAAAGGGCUAAAUUGAUUUCCUUGCCAACUAGUAAAAACUGGACCUUUGGACCCCAGGAUAUAGACGAACUGAUAUUUAUGCUAAGUGACAGCCCUGGGGUCAUGUGCCGGCCUUCCCGAGUUAGGCAGAUGUUUGCCUCCCGAGCCUGUCGAAAGUCUGUGAUGAUUGGAACUGCUCUUAACACAAGCGAGAUGAAGAAACUAAUCACCCAUAUGGGGGAGAUGGACCAUCCCUGGAACUGUCCCCAUGGAAGGCCAACCAUGAGACACAUUGCCAAUCUGGAUGUCAUUUCUCAAAACUGACGUUUCUUGCUUUAUAGAAUUAUAGAUUUUAUUGCAGAUUUUUCUGUUUUAAAAGUGUGUUAACUAAUCUUUCGUUUCAAAAUUAACCUGCUACUUAAAAAAAAAAAGUACCAGGUCCAUUUAAAAAUGAUCUUGAGAAACUUUUCAAACAGUAUGGAGCAUUGCUUGCAACAUUGUUCUGCAUUUGGGGGAUGGGGGCAGGCAAGAACAUGUUUUACAAAAUUAAGAAGAGCACUUUGCAAGUUGCCCAGGCCUCUUGCUCUGGCUGGACAUAUUUUAGUCUGCAACUUUCAGCCCUCAAUGAUAAUUAAAUUCAUAGAGGUUUAAUUUAAUAAAUUUAAAAUUGUGAUCCUUUUAGGUUAGUGGUUCUCAACCCUGAUGCACAUUAAAUUUUUAAAAAGGUAUAAUCCAAAAAAAUCCCAAGGGGGAUUCUCCACCCAGCUGGAAGAAAAUGAGUGGAUGGGGCUGGGGUCACUAUUUUUAAAUGGUCCCCCAUGCAGCCAGGGUGGAAAAGCACCGUUUCCUGCAGGGAGAAAGAAAAGAUUGUGAUUAUUCUGUUACUCGGUGCUGUGAUUUGGUUGCCUUGGGGCGUGAACUGCAGGACAUUGUAGUUGCUGGCCCUGAAUGGUACUAGUGAUAGAGGAAUCCCUGUCCCUUGUCGAAGUUUUUCGUGGAAUCUUGUCCUAUUUGAACAAUGCCGGAAAUGUUAGUAAAGAUGCCCUCUGUGGAGUCCAGGUAGUGGCUGGUGCACAGUGAUGAUGAGUGUGGGCCACCCCCUGCUCCCACCCUUCCUUCCCAGGCCACGGGCCUCCUGGGAGCAGGGACUUACAUCCCCCAAUUUAGAAUUACUUAGAUGUAACAAGACAGUAAAGUGCUGGUUAUUGCCACUUAUUGUGUCAAGCACUGUGCUGGUGUGCCUCUGCAGGACCUCAUUUAGUGUUCAUCAGAACUCUGCAGCUUGGGAAUUGUGGUAGGCAGGAUAAUGGCCUUCCAAAGACGGGGUGUCCUAACCUCUGGAACCUGUGAAUAUGUAACCUUAUGUGGCAGAAGCAGCUUUGCAGAUGUGAUUAAGUUGAGGAUCUUGUGAUGGAGUCAUGAUCCUGGAUUGUAGAGGACCUUUCCCAGCUGGCCAUAGAGAGGCAACGAGCCAAGGAAUGCAGGCGGCUUCUAGAAGCUGGAAAGCAGGAAAUGGAUUCUCCCCUGGAGCCUCUAGAAAGAACCAGCCCUGUUGUACUUACUCAGAACUGUAGGAUAAUA